AUGGCCCCGGUCCCUUCUUUCACGCCCCCUCACGCGUUGUACUCGUCACACGCUGCUAGUUCUUUUCGCGAAUUGGCUGUUCCACCUCAGGCCAAGCCAGCAACUGUCGAUGUACCUUCGCUCCAGAAUGCGAGCCGCGUCUUGCAUGACCAGUUCGUAAAGGAUGCUCAAACAAUACCAGAGGUCGGAGACCUCUUGGCUACGCCUGGUGGUCAAUCCUCGGCUUCCUAUAGCGUCUACCCGGACGACUAUCGAGUACCUUUCCAGAGGAGAAGGCUUGUGGGUAUUCCCGAGGCAUUAUUUCAAUAUUACAACACAACCAAUGUCACCUCUCAUAUGGGUCUCAUUCCUGAAAUCGAGCGCGCGUGGGUAGCUAUUGACCAUAAACUGUUCCUGUGGGAUUACAUGGAAGGGCAAGAAAUCAGCUCGUUCGUUGACCAACCCGAUGUCAUCACGCAUGUGGCCGUUGUGAAACCCAAGCAGGGUGUCUUUAUUGACGACAUAACCUCGGUCAUGGUUAUUUGCACGCCUGUCUCUAUUCUUCUCAUCGGACUUUCGAUAAACUCUGUUACUGGCCUCAACAGCAGGUCGCACAAAGAUAUCAAGAUGUAUGCCACCGACAUGUCUGUCUCAAGCGAUGUGGAAAUGACUUCCGUUGCUGGCACGUCUGAUGGUCGAGUAUUUAUGUGCAGCUCCCAAGAUGGGUGCUUGUAUGAACUGCAUUAUCAACAAAAUGAAUCAUGGUUUGGUAAAAGAGUCCAGCUCAUCAAUCACUCCGUCGGGAGCAUGCAGAGUCUUCUCCCUCGGUUUACUUCUCCUCGUCCGGAAGAUCGAACCACGUCAAUCGUUUCAGACCCAUCUAGGGGCAUCAUUUACGCUUUAUCUGCAAAGAACGCAAUUUCGAUAUAUCGUCCGAGUGGAGACAAGGCUGUUCACCAUCUACAGACCAUUUCCAACUUACUGAAGCUUGCUCAAGAAAAAGCGCCUGGAUCAGGAGCUGUGACCCCUGCAAACUUUCAUGUGAUCACUUUGCUCCCCAUUCCUUCGACGGAAUCACGUUCGUCCGUCCAGCUCGUCGCAAUCACUUCAGCAGGUGUUCGCUUGUACUUUUCCGCAUCUACGUCGUAUGGCUACUCCAGUGCAAGUACUUCAUUAUCCUCCCCACGGCCGUUAACUUUGGUUCACGUCCGCCUCCCGCCUUCGAAUUUGCUGCACCCUGAUGAGCAAUCCAACCCUCACCGCCCGACUGCCAUUGUUACGUACGGUGCUCCUCAAAACCCAUCGACUUCCAGACCUUAUCCUAUUAGUGGACUUGAACAUUCCUGCUACAUGGAUGCUCUCACAGUAUCUGCUCAACCUGGGGAUACGGAUGGCACCGACUUCUUGCUUUGCACUUCCCCAGAUUUGACCCGAAUUGGUUCAUUCGGUCAACUUCAACAUCAAGCACCCUCACAGCAGGCUCCCUAUGGCGGGCCUACUUACGUGACCAACACCAAUCAACGCCCCCCUUUGACUGAGAAUGCGACACUUCUCUCUAUUCCAGGACGCACUUGGGCCAUGGCACCCGUACCUCAAAUUAGUCAAACAUUCGGCUCAUCAGCCCCUUCACCAGCUGUAGCCAACGAACUCGCCUUCCAGUUUUCAGAACACCCACGCCAAUUUAUGAUACUGACGAAUGUAGGCAUUACGUUCCUCGUCAAACGGCGAGCGGUCGAUUGUCUCCGGGCGAUCCUGGAGGAAGUUCGUACAGAUGGCGCUGUCCAACCAUUGAUUGAAUUCCGAGACAGUUAUGGAAGAGAUCAAACAUGUGCAAUGCUGCUUGCUCUUGCCUGCGGGAAUACAUAUCUGGACAUCAGCGACCAAUCUAUGGGAUUACUCCAAACAGUCAGUUCAGACUUGGCAAGCGUUGCAAAGCAGGCAUUCUACGACUUUGGAGAACGUCCAAUUUGGACAGAACGAGUGACUUAUGGUACAGCUGAAAGCUCUGGCACCGCAAUUUUCAGCGGACGAAGAGAGGGGUUGGCUUUGUACUUUGCCAGGCUUGUAAGGCCGUUCUGGAAGGAAAAGUUAACUACUUCAAGGUCUACGGGCUUGCAGCACCUCAAUGUUUCCGAAUCAGUCCUCGUCACCACCCAAAAGAAUAUGAUUGCCCUGAAGGAUUUCCUCGAUCAAAACCCACAUUUAUUCCAUUCCUCUCCGGGAGACUUGACGGUUGCUCGGACUCCUGCCGGCAACGAGCAAGAAGCCUGGAAGGCAGAGCAAACGUCCGUCGCUCAGUUGGUCUUACUCUUGACCCGUUCAAUCGAGGCUAUCUCCUUUGUUCUUCUUCUCAAUGAUUACAAUCUCGGCGAGUUGAUAUCUCAGUGCGAGGAAGGGUCCCGCACACGAAUCACGUCGAUGACGUUCGAAGAACUCGCCACGGCUCAGGACAGCGUCGCUGUAUCACGCGCUUUGAUUAAUGUCAUCAUUGACCAACAGAUAGGGCAACAGCUCAGUGUCGACACAGUGAGCGAGGUCUUACAGCAAAGAUGUGGCUCUUUCUGCAGCACCGAUGAUGUAAUGCUGUACAAAGCACGCGAAAAUGUCCGCAAGGCAAUUGAAAGUCGCACUCCUACUGAGUGGCAGACCUGGCUAGGGGAAUCAUUACGACUCUUCACGAAGGGGGCACGCACUUUAGAUCUUCCAAAAGUUGAAGAAAUCUGCAAUGACUAUCGACAGCUCGGAUACGCUAAAGGUGUCAUCGAAUUUCCUCUGAUCUGUGCGCAGGUGCAGGAUGCAGAUAACUUAGGAUUCGAUUACUGGCUUGCUGGCUGCCCUUCAAAUGACCCUCGUUCUGAACUCUAUCAGCGGCGUGAGCAAUGCUACAGGCUCAUUCUCCACUCCUUAGAAGUGUUUGAGAAGAGGGCAACGGCGGGUGAGAGUUCUGGAAGUAAGGAGGAUCCGGAAACAAGCAAAAACCAUGCAUAUGAGCUUGCGUUCGCGAGCGAGGAUGAAAUGUUCCACUCUACACUAUAUGACUGGCUCAUUGAACGUGGUUUGGUCGAUGAAUUAUUAACAAUGCGACCUCCAUUCCUUGAGGCACACCUGAAACGAGAACCUACCACAGUACAGAAGUACCAGCUACUUUGGCAGUUUUAUGUCAAGGAUGGGCAACCACUUCGAGCUGCUGAAGUUCUGGCAAUUCUAGCCGAGUCUCCAAGCGACGAUCUCACGUUAAGCGCUCGCUUGGAGUACCUUACGCUUGCUGUAGGUAACGCAAAGUCCCACCCCAUCACUGUCGGCAACAAACAUGAAACCGCCAUUGCCUUCCUGACCGAUUUGGAGGAGAAACUUGAUGUUGCGCAGGUGCAACUCGAGAUAUAUCAGACCUUGCUGCCUCAUGCCCAUGACCCCGGUGAAGCCGGUGAACAAAUACGUCUCCUGGACAAGGGCCUUCUGACCAUCACAGAGCUAUACCAAAUGUAUGCCGAGACAUUUGAUCUGCCUGUCAUGAAGCUCCUCAUCUUACACGUUUCGGAGCACCGAGACGAGCACAUCGUUCUCCCUAUCUGGAACCGAAUUUUUGAGGAUGCUGUCGAGGCCGGGGCCGACGGUCAGACAAAUGCAGACCACAUUAUCACAGGUGUGGUUCCCCUUGGUCAACGGUUCUAUCCGUCGGAAAGCGCAUUCCCCCUUCGGCAUGUUGCUGCUCUCCUAGUUAAGUUUUCGCUUGCUCAGAAAGGGGCAUUACCCCAUGGAUGGACGCCUCGCGUCCUAGUUCAAUGUAGUGUGCCGUACACGGAGAUAUGGGAAGUAUUACAUGAGAUGUAUGAGUCGCAUAUCCCACCCUUCAACGAGCAAGCUAGCGUACAGGCGAUCUCCUCGGACAUAGCGGUCCUUUUCAAUGACUGGCUCGAGGAGGCAAGACGGCCACAAUCCUCAAUUGCACGAAGAGAAUUCCCUGUGGGACGCAUUGAUCUUGCAAUUGACCAAUACUUGUCGGAACUCGAGCCCAGUCGCACGGAAACCAAGACAGCGUAUGAGAACGUCAAGCGCCAGCUCCGACGAAAUUGGUGA